AUGGCCAAUGAAGGAUGUAACAGCAGCAAGAGUAAAACUUUCAUGAGGAUGGGCAAUCUCUGGCCCAACCUGCUCUUUCUUCUCAAUCCUGGCUAUUCAUUUCCAGUUCUGAGCCUUUUACUGAGGGCUACCCAGAAGGAGCCAUAUGUCAUGAUGGGCCACAUCAACAGGAGUCACAAGUCAGCUCUGAGACUGAAUCAUAGGCUUUUUGCUGUCAAAUGUGGAGGCUGCUUCGAGGUCAUCGCACCCAAUGAGUUUGUGAUGCGUGCUCAAAAGAGUGUUUACCACCUGAGCUGCUUCUGCUGCUGUGUUUGUGAGCGCCAGCUUCAGAAGGGUGAUGAAUUUGUCCUGAAGGAGGGGCAGCUGCUCUGCAAAGGGGAUUAUGAAAAGGAACGGGAGCUUCUCAGCCUGGUGAGCCCAGCUGCUUCAGACUCUGGCAAAAGUGAUGAUGAAGAAAGUCUUUGCAAGUCAUCCCACGGGGCGGGGAAAGGAGCCACUGAGGAUGGCAAGGAUCACAAGCGCCCUAAACGUCCCAGAACCAUCUUGACAACUCAGCAGAGGAGAGCAUUCAAGGCCUCAUUUGAGGUUUCUUCCAAGCCCUGCCGAAAGGUGAGGGAGACGCUGGCUGCAGAGACAGGGCUGAGUGUUCGUGUGGUCCAGGUGUGGUUCCAGAACCAGAGAGCUAAGAUGAAGAAGCUGGCCAGGCGGCAGCAGCAACAGCAACAAGACCAGCAGAACACCCAGAGGCUGAGUUCUGCUCAGACAAAUGGUGGCAGCAGCGCUGGAAUGGAAGGGAUCAUGAACCCCUAUACAGCUCUGCCCACCCCACAGCAGCUCCUGGCCAUCGAGCAGAGUGUCUACAGCUCCGAUCCCUUCCGGCAAGGGCUCACCCCACCCCAGAUGCCUGGAGAUCACAUGCACCCCUAUGGUGCGGAGCCCCUUUUCCAUGACCUGGAUAGUGACGACACUUCCCUCAGUAACCUGGGUGACUGUUUCCUAGCAACCUCAGAAGCUGGUCCCCUGCAGUCCAGAGUGGGAAACCCUAUUGACCACCUGUACUCCAUGCAGAAUUCUUAUUUCACCUCUUGA